UUUCAAAGCGCCCAUCAUCAAGCGCUUGGAAAAACAAACAAAGAAGACAAAUCGAAAAUAGAAUAUUUUUACAAGCAAACUAAUUUCGCUAGCCAUACCAUAUACGCCUAGACUUCUAUAACAAAUAAAUAUCAAAAUGCAAGGAGAAGACGGGUCUGAAGAGAAGAAAUACACAUCUGUUCGCCCAAAGAGAUACAACAGAAAAAUAAAGCUGACACCUUAUUCAACUAGAACUGUGCCAACUCCCUUCGAUUCUGAGCAUGUAAUCCUACAAAAUACAAACACAAAUAUUGAAGCUGAGCCCAGUACAAGUUCUCAAGUAUGUGAGCAGUCAAAUGUUCAUCAACAUGAGAAACUUGCCGAAGAUUCUAAUUGUGAAAAGAAUUUGGACUUUGGAAAGACUAUUAAAGAAUUAUUGGAAGAAGUUAAUGCGUAUAAUGAAAUAAUUGAUGAAGUGCCAGAAAUCUGCGAGGAUACAGAACUCCUGUCAGAUAAUGAAGGGUCUGACUGUGAGAUAGGAGACUCUUUUGACUUCGAGGAUAAUACUCAUACAUCAACAGAAGAUGUGCCUUUGGAAGACAGACCAAUUUAUAGUGGUCACAGUAUGACUGUAGGAACCAGCCUUCUACUUAUUCUUCUGUACACCAUUACCCAUGAAAUAUCUGGGAGUCAACUGAGUGAUCUGCUAGUCCUCAUUGGUCUGCAUUGUGCAGAAGAACAUCCAGGACUGAAAAGUUUGUUUCACUUUAAAAAGCACUUUGCAGGGUUCAAAUCACCAUUGGUGAAACAUUACUUUUGUAUACAUUGUUUAACUUGUGUUAAUGAAAACGAUCAACUGUGCACAAAUACCUUAUGUGGGAAAAGCAUUAAAGACUCAAAAUCAAAAUCAUAUUUCAUAGAGGUGCCUCUAGAAUCACAGCUGCUAAAUUUCUUCAACAGACCUAAUUUCGCAGAACUACUAAAACACCGAUUUCAAAGGAAGAAGAAAAAACCCAGCAACUUAGAAGAUAUUUAUGACGGCGAAUUAUACAAAAAAUUGUCAAGCAAAGGCGGAGUUCUUUCUGAUAGUUUUCCCUACAAUAUAUCAUUCACGCUCAACACGGAUGGCGUACCAUUGUUUAAAAGUUCAAAAUUUUCUAUUUGGCCAGUGUUCCUUAUGAUUAACGAACUUCCUUUCAAAUAUCGACGCCAAAGUGAAAACAUGCUAUUUGCCGGGUUGUGGUUUGGGGACGGAAAACCUUUCAUGGGUACAUUCUUUCGACCGAUCCAUAGCAAUUUAAAGAAACUUGAGGAUGAAGGCUUGAAUAUAACUGUUUGUGGAAAUGAUAUUUUAUGUAAAGCUUUCUUAAUAUGUUCAACAGCUGACCUUCCAGCCAAGAGCACAUUACUGAAUAUGAACCAGUUCAAUGGAGCAUUUUCGUGUUUACAGUGCUGCAAUAAAGGAGAGACAUUUAAAACACCAGGAGGAGGGUCAGUACAUGUCUUCCCAUAUGAAAAAGAGAAACUAUUCGGAUUUGGAAACAACAGAACUCCUGAAAUGUGUCAAAGGGAUGCAAUUGAAGCAGUAAACACCAAACAGACUGUUCAUGGAAUUAAGGGACCCUCUUUUUUUAUGACAUUUAAAUACUAUGAUUUUGUUAAAAGUUCAAGCAUUGACUAUAUGCAUGGUGUUCUUUUGGGAGUUACAAAAUUAUUGAUAAAGCUUUGGUUUUCCACUUCUCUAAGUAAACAGGACUUUUCCAUUUCAUGCCACUCAGAAGCAGUUGAUAAGAAACUCCUUAGCAUCAAGCCACCUUCUUUUGUGACAAGGAUCCCAAGAUCGAUAACCUCACAUUUCAAGUAUUGGAAGGCUUCGGAAUUAAGAUCCUGGUUGUUUUUUUAUUCCUUGCCAUUAUUACACGGGUUGUUGGGUGAAAGUUUUUAUCUCCAUUAUGCCUGUUUUGUUGAAGCAGUGUUUUUGCUCUGUGGAUCUUCUGUCACACCAAAUGAUAUAGUUAGAUCUCAACAGUUGUUGAUGUACUUUGUGAUGACAUUUCAACCAUUGUAUGGGGGCAGAUAUAUGACUCUGAAUAUUCAUCAGCUUCUACAUUUACCAGACUGUGUUCGGCAGCUAGGUCCUCUUUGGGCAUAUUCGUGUUUUUAUUUUGAAACAGCAAAUGGAGAUAUUACCAAAUUAUUUCAUGGAACACAAAAUGUGGAUUUACAAAUUUUGAGUUCUGUCAAUAUAAUUCAAACUCUUCCAACACUAAUUGAUAAAAUACCUGAACAUUUCAAAUCUGCAGCACAAAAACUGUUACCAGCAAAGAUCUCGAAGCAUAUUUCAACUUUUCAUGUGCAAUUUCUGGGCAAGGGAUACCAACGGCAUUUAGCUGAUGGAUUGAUGCAUAUGCUGAUAGAAAUGAUCCAUUUUGAUGUUCCGAACUUAACUUUUUAUAGCCGUGUUUUAUUGCGUGGGGAAUUGUAUCAUUCUAAAGACUAUACACGAGUUGUGAAGCGCAACAGUUUUACUGUUAAAUACUUUUGUGCAAAAAGCUGCUUAAUUAAGUUUGGAUACAUUGAACGCUUUGUGACACAUGAAAAAAAUAACAAGGUGAUACAUUAUUUUGCUUUAGUUCGAGUUGCUGAAUCUAAUUCAGGCAUACUGUCGGAUUUAUCAAUUCCAAACACUCUUGCAAUAACAGUGCCUCAUAUACACAAGAUAAAACCUACUGACAAAAUAGAUGUGGUAGACUUGAACAAUUUACUAGGAAUUUGUGUAAAUAUUGUGGUACCUAAAGAUGAUGAGGCAGUGACUUUUGUGUGUGAACCACCCAAUCGCUUAGAGACUGAUUAACAAUAGCCUUGAAGCCUAGAUUUGUUAAUUUGCUGCCAUGAGAUGAAAAAGUAGAUGUUGUGUCAAUACAGUCAUGUAAUUCUUGUCUGUUAAUUAACAGAAGAUCAGAUAGAAUCUCAUUUGAAUUAUAUGUAUGUUCAAACUCAUAAAUUACAGUUCUGAGUGUUAUUUAUUAUUUAAUUCUCUUAUCAUCUUAUUCAAAGUGUUGUAACAAAUACAAUGUUAAAGGGCAGGUCUUCAAAAUGACCAGAAAAUGACAAAAAGAAUUAUUGAAAUUGAUUUUUUUUCUUAUGAUGCAUUCCAAUUCCCUAGGUCACAGUUUUGCUGACCAAGUUUCAACUUCUAAAACUAACACAAACCAUGUAAAUAUACCAAAACAGAGUUGAAAAAGUUGAAAACACUUUCAAAUUUGGCAUGUUCAAUAAAUACGCACAAUAAUAAGCAAAAAAAUCAGCCAACAUUGGUACGCAAACAAAAUUACAUCAACUUGAAAGUGUAAUUACCUGUCCCCGUUAAUGUAUAAUGAACAAAAUGUAUAUCUAUUUGACUUUAUUUCACUCCCGCAAAGUUAAAUAUAGUAAGCUAUUGUGAAAGCUCUGUGUUCAUUUUCUAUUGUGUAUUUCUGACGUUGACACUUUUAGAUGCUGUUUCUCUAUCAUGUCUUUGUAGAAUCAAUAUAAUAUUUGUACAUAAAAAAAUAUAUUGUAGCAA